UCGCAUGUUUGCAGCUUUGUGUGAGGAGAUGGGAGCGAAGCAUAAAACCUUGCUGUUUCAUACGGAGGUCCGGUGGUUGUCGCGUGGCAAGGUCUUGGUUCGUGUGUAUGAGCUGCGGGAGGAAGUUAAAGUGUUUCUGACAAAUGAGAGGUCAGAUUACGCAAAGCUGCUUGCAAGUGAUGAGUGGUGUGCAAGGCUGGCAUACCUGGCAGAUAUUUUUCAUCAUCUGAAUGAACUGAACACACGAAUGCAAGGCCGAAAUGAAAACCUGCUUACAAGUACAGAUAAAAUAAAUGGAUUCCGUUCAAAGGUGCAACUCUGGCAUCAACACGUGGAAAGUGGCAAUCUUGAAAUGUUCACACUCACCAAGCAAUGGCAAGGUGUUCACACUGCUGCACUGUGUGAGAUAAUAGUUAAACAUUUAAAAACUCUCGAGGAGAAGUCAUUUUAUUUCUCUUCAGUCUCCACUGAAUGCCUUGACUGGGUUAGGGACCCCUAUAGCUCAGCAUCAGUUGGUGGAAAGGACAUGACUUUACAGGAGCAGGAGGAACUAACUGAACUGAGACAAAAUCGUGGUUUCAAGCUAAGAUUUGCUGAUCUACCUUUGGACAGUUUUUGGUUGGAUACUGCCAAGGAGUUCCCUGUUCUGGCAAACAAAGCUAUUUUGACAUUGCUCCCAUUUUCCACUACAUAUCUGUGUGAGAUGAGCUUUUCAAGCCUGAUUGCUAUGAAAACUAAAGACAGAGAGAGACUGAGAGCUGUUGACGAAGAGCUACGUGUGUGUCUUUCUUCGAUUUCUGCCAGAAUAUCAUCUUUGUGUUCAGCCAAACAGGCCCAGGUUUCGCACUGA